AUGGCGAACACCAGGACGCCGAGGGCUGAUGUGCAGGCGAAGAUUAUUUCCCGAAAGGUCAACAGGGCAGUUGACACCUUGCGGAGAUUCUUAGAGAGUGCGAUGAAGUACGUGCAGACACUGAUGGCUAUGUUCUACUGCUUCUGCGCCAAAGUCUUCGCGUUGAACCAGAUCCAGAAGGAAAAGAACUCCCACGAAUCCACCAAGAAGGACUCGCCCUCCCUGUCCUCCUCCUCCUCCUCCGCGUCUCCCCUAGCAUCGUCUACGGCUGAAGCAGCUGAGAACUCCAAGGCUCGAUCUGAUGCCCAGGCGCAAGGUUUUUCCAACGAGCAAACUACCUUCAUCCCCAAGUCCAUUGCGUCGAGCAGCAUGGCAGUUGCCGCAGUUCCAGCAGUCGCAGUCACUAUCUCAGCUCUUGGCGAUGCUGCUGUGCUGGACGCGGCUGUCACAGUGGCUCAGGUCGGAGCCCUUGCGAUCUUCUUGACUUACGGCAUGGAUGCGUUGACUGGAUUCUUCGGGGCGAUUAAUGCAAGGCCAAGUGUCGAGCAGGAGGAGGGAGCAGCGAAAGAAGACGUGGCACAACAGACUGAAGGAGCUCCUCAGUGA